GUCGCCGUACAGGACAGUCUAAAACGUGCUAUGUUGUGACUGAAUGAGCUGCCGUUCGUCAUUCAUCUACAGUUUGAUGCUGAACACAUGUUAACACGGACAGGCUGCAAACUUUUCCUUUCGUUUUCGUUGCGGCCGCUGUUGUUUCCAAGUCCGUGAAAGCUAGUGUUAGCUUAAACCGAGAAGCUAGCAGGUGAUAGAGCUGAGGGGCAGGAACCAAAACAAGAAGGUAGCAGCUGGUUUGUUAGCACAUACACAAGGUUAUCUGCUUAGGUUCAGACAGAGGUGGUGCAGGCGGGAUAGGAACAUGUCAGCCGCACAGAACGACUCCAGGAAACGGAGCAAGAAGCGGUACGGACACCACACCAAACGGUGGAAGGGCUCCAGGGAACUUGAGGUGGGCAUGGAGGGGAUCCUCAUCACAUGUAACAUGAACGAGAGGAAGUGCACUGCAGAGGCCUUCAAUCUGCUCAGUGAGUACGCAGACAAGCUGUACGGACCCGAAAAGUUGCAAGGCAAUAACAGCAGCAGCAGUGACGAGGAAGAUGCUGAGGAGGAAGAUAUUGAUGCAGCUCUGAAGAAGGAAGUGGAACAGCUCCAAUCAUCUGGAGCUAAACAUGCGAAACGCUUCCAGGCUCUGGAAAGCGGAGCAAACAACGUCAUCUUCAUCAGGACUCAGAAUCUGGAAUCUGACAAGCUGGUUCAUCACAUCCUGUCUGAUCUCCACACCACCAAGAAGAAAAAGUCCCGUGUGAUCCUUCGAAUGCUACCAGUCACUGGAACAUGUAAGGCUUUCCAGGAUGACAUGGUGAAGUACCUGACCACAUUCUUGGAGCCUUGGUUCAAAGCCCCAAACUGUGGAACCUAUCAGAUUGCAUUCAAGGCCCGCAACAGCAGCCACAUCAAGAGAGAUGACAUUAUCAAAGCAGUCGCAAGUCUUGUUGGGAAGCUAAAUCCUAAAAACAAAGUGGAUUUGACCAACCCUGAGCUGACAAUCAUUGUGGAGGUCAUCAAAGCUGUGUGUUGCCUCAGCGUGGUAAAAGACUACACCUUAUACAGGAAGUACAACGUUCAGGAGGUGGUGAAAGAGGACACAGCAAAGCCUGAGGUGACCAAAGAAAAAACAGAUCUGAACACGGCGGAACAAAAAGAGAAAGACAAUUCAGGGGAUGUGACACAGGAGGAACAGAAAGACAGAGACGGCGAGAAAGAUGAAAAAGGUGAAGCACAAGCAGAGUAAGAUGAUACGAAAGAUGUUUAGACCGGUAAUUGGGUGUAAAGCAUACCGUCUCAAUUUGCUUUUUUAGUGUAGUACUUUUGUUACAGUGGAAGAAACUCAAGUCAGGCAGGAGCCGACUAUAAUUUAACUUUUUUUUUUGGACAUUCAUAAAAAUUGGUAAUAAAUGCGUCUUCAUAUCACACACACUGAUUUUGAAUUAACUGUUAAUACAUCAGCAGGACAGUUUUACCAACACUGACUGAUUUUUU